AGAGGGCGCGCUAUAGUUAUUAACCAUUUUUAGACACAAUUGAACUAAAAUUUGAAGAAAAUGGAAAAAUUAGUGAUAUAUUUCUUUAGUUUUAGUUUGUUAAUAACAAUAGGGACCUGCCUACAGUGCCAACAAUGUACAACAUUAGAGUCACCUACUUGUUUAGAUCCUUAUGGUGAAGAUAAUUUAGAUGAUUGUGAAGACAAACAUACACAUUGUGUUAAAUAUAAAACAGUCAUACAACUACGAGAUACUGGUUAUAUUGAUGGAGAAAGUAGAGAGUCUGUAGUAGUAACAAGAACAUGUGAAAGAAGAACUGGUUAUUCUGAUGGUUGUACAGGAACAUCAGCUAAUGGUGGUGUAGUAGUAAAAUGUUUAUGUAGCACUGACAAUUGCAAUUCAGCUUCUUAUCUCCCCUUGAAUUAUUUCAUGAUCCUGUGUUCAUUAUUGUUCACUGUAUUUAGAGUAUUUUCUAACUGAAGCUGAGAAUUCCUGGACGGUACUUCAGAUCCUGUGUUCUUUAUUGUUUACAGUAUAUAGAGUCUUGAACUAAUUGAGCUUCAUCAUCCAUAAUCUUGUGUUCUUCAAGUUCAAUAGUUCAUUUGUGUAUAUAAAGUGCUCUAUAUUUUUACAAUAUUUUAAUUGGCAAAACAUAAUUUUAUGGUAUUUUCAUCCUUUUUUUUCAUCUGAUUAUUAUGAUACAGUACACUUUGAUGUACCGGUAUUAUUAUUUGUAAGACUACAUCAGUGAUCUGGAGACUGUUUCCUUAGCUUGUCCUAAACUUACAAUCCAAUUUGCCUUGCAAGAAAUAUUUUAGAUCAAUAACUGGGAUGGUUUUGGAUUGUAGGCCUACUUGAAAAUUUAAAUUUCUGAUUGAUUUUUAAAUCAUAUAGAUAUUUUUUUUAAACUUCAUGACCUUUAAAUGUGAUUCAUUCUAGAACAAUCCACAUAACUUUUUAAACUGUUAUAACUUUUUCAAAAUUUCCAGUAAAUUGCCACAUUUGUGUAUAUAGCUAUUUUAAUAAGAAUGUUCCAUAUUAUACAUACAGUUUUUCUUGUAUAAACUUUAUAUUUACAUUUUCAUAAUAAAAUUUACAUGAC